AUGGGGAGAGAGGAUGGGGACAUGCCAGACUCUCUACCAACCAUCCCUGAGGAGGUAUUUGCAAAAGGCUACCCCAACCCGGCCUUCCAUGAGGAUACGAAGCCUCAGGAGCGGAUGACAGAGGGGCAGCCAACCGUUGACACGGAGCGCAAGCCAAAGAAGGGCCUCGGGAAGAAAAAAGAACCAGCAAAAGCAGUGGGAUUUUUCCAGUUGUUCCGCUACGCUACUGGUUGUGAGGUGCUCCUAAUGAUAAUCGGCCUGCUAUGUGCUGCUCUCCACGGGAUAGCCCUGCCCCUUAUGUGUGUUGUGUAUGGACAGAUGACCGACAGCUUUGUACAAAGUGGACAGCAGCUCAACCAUACAGAUACUUGCCACCCUGACCAGUAAGGAGCUGUCUGCCUAUGCCAAAGCAGGGGCGGUAGCUGAAGAGAUACUGGUGGCUAUCAGGACAGUUUUGGCUUUCAAUGGGC